AAUAAAAAGAGAAGAGAAGAAACUUUCCGAAUAAUCCGUCUCGCAGAUGAAACUAUACAUAUACAGAAAACAGAAACCAGACUUUGAGCUUGAAUUCUACGAGACGGGAGAGAAGGAACCAAAACGCAUUAACUGAGAGAGAGAGAGAGAGAGAGAAUGAAUGUUUAUUAGCUUUCUCAGCUAUUUGUAUACAUAAAUAUUACAGAAAAACUUACAUCUAACAAUUAUUAGGUAAAUUUAAAAUAUAUUCUCUUAAUCUACGCUUAAAUGAUAUUAAAAUUACGCUGCGUCUAACUUACGUCGGCAAAGCGUUGUACAUUUUAAUUCCCUCAUAAAACAAACUCUUUUGUGCACUAGUUGUUUUACGCAUUGGUAAUGCUAUAUUCAUCUCUUGUCUUGUUUGUCUCCCAGUCAUUUCUCCUACUAUCUCAAUUCUUUCUCUUAAAAGAUUCGAUGACAUACCUCGUAAUAUUUUAAAAAUAAAUAUACAUAUAUUAUAACGCAACCUCUGUCUUAUACUCAUAAACUGCAACGCAUGCAACUUACAUUCAACUUUGGUUAUUCGCUUGCACUGCAAAAUCACUCUUAUAGCUCGAUUCUGCGCCACUUGCAAUUUAUUCAAUUGCGUUUCGCCCAUAUUGAUCAAUAACGUCGCACAAUACUCAAAAUGAGGUGCUAUGAUAGAUUUAUACACAACGCAUCUUGUAUAUAUAGAUAAUUUGUUUCCUAUUCUAUUUAAAAAACUAGUUUUUUUCCCUAAUUUCUUUAACAUAUAAUCGCAAUGAUCAACAAAUCGCAAUUUAGAAUCAAUAAUUAUACCAAGAUACUUCAUUUUUUCUACUUGUUCUAUCACCGUUCCAUCUAAACUUUUUACCACAAUAUCUGCCUUUAUUUCCUUCCUAACAUUUCUAACUAUCAUAUAUUUUGUUUUGUCUGCAUUUACUUUUAAUUUAUUCAUACACAUCUAUUUUUCUAUCAUCCUAAAUACCAUAUUCAAUUUUACCAUUAUUUCAUCACAACUUUCCCCUACAAUAUAUGCCAAUGUAUCAUCCGCAAAUAUUUUCAUAUUACAAAUCUCCGCACAAAAUUCUAUUAUAUAAUUUAUAUAUAUAAUAAAUAACAACGGUCCUAACACAGAUCCCUGUGGCACUUCAUACUUGGUAACAAUUAAUUUAGACCAAAUAUCAUUAAAUCGAACCUGUUGUGUUAUGUUACUUAAAUAUGAACGUAUCCAUUCCAAAACAAUACCUCUUAUACCAUAGUGAUGCAAUUUCUCUAAUAAUCUUUCCCUAUCUAUUGUUUCAAAUGCUCGUCUAAGAUCCAUAAAUAUUACUCCUACCAUUUUUCCUUGACUAACUACCACUUUCCAUUCAUCAAUAACCGUCUGAAUUGCUGUCUCACACGAAUGUCGCUUUUUAAAUCCCGAUUGAUGUUCUGUUAUAAUAUUAUUAUCUUCUAAAAACCUUUCUAAUUAUUCUUUUACUAUUAAUUCUAUUACUUUCUCAUAUAUUGGCAAUAUAUUAAUCGGUCUAUAUUCACUAGCUUUCUUUGGUUUCGCCGUCUUUGGAAUCAGUAUAAUCUCAGAUGUUUUCCAUUCCUCUGGGCAUUGACCUUUUCGUAACGAAUCAUUUAUCAAAUCUAAAAAAUCUAUUUUCAUUACAUCAAAUGCCAUUUUUAAUAUAUCACUAGUUAUACCUUCCUGUGUACCUUUCUUGUUCGGCAAACUCAUCACAAUUUGUUCUAAUUUCCCUAAGUUAAUCACUUCAAAUUCAUAUAUAACUUUUUUAUUUACAAUAGGAUAUAUAACUCUUCUAUUUAUCUCAACCUUCUCCUAUCUCCUCUCCCUCUAUAAAUUUUACUAUAUUAUCUAUACUCUGUACAUAAAAUAAAUUAAAUUUAUCCGCUAUAUUGCACCCACAAUCUUCUUCUAAUAUUUCAAAAUCAAUAUUUUCUAUUUUCUUAAACCCCAUUUGUUCCCCUUUUAAUACUUCUUUUAAUGUUUUCCACAUCCUUACAGGAUUAUUUUUAUUGUAAUCUAUCAAAUUUUUAUAAUAUUCUUUCUUUUUGGUCUUAAUAAGUUUAACUACUGCAUUUCUCUCAAAUUUAAAUUGUAACCAAUCUUGCUCCGUGUUUGAAAACAGUGCUUUAUUAUACGUUACAUCUCUAAUUACCGCUGCUUCUCUAAUUUCAUCUGUAUACCAUUUUUUUCCUUCCCAUACUUUCGGUAUUCUAAAUUUCUUUUUAGGUGCUACAAUAUCCAAUACAUUCACUAUACAAUUAACAAAAUUAUUAGCUUUCACAUUCACACACAAUUCCUGUCCUUGUAUCUUAUUUUCUUCCAUUAAUAAAACAAAAUUAGAGAGAGAGAGAGAGAGAGAGAGAGAGAGAGAGAGAUCGUAAUAACGUGAAAGGCGUUGAGGAUAACAGCGCAGGGAGAGGCUUCUGAGCUGCCCGUCGAAUCAGUCCUCUAGGCGAGAAACAAAUCCACAGCCUAAUGAGGACAAGAGGUUACCAUGAUUCGAGGGCGAAUACGUACAGAUUAGAAGCCCUGUCCCAGUCUUUCACGAUACCUUUUGUUGCUGCGUGUGAGAGAGAAAAAACAAAGGAAACUUGAAGAUCCGCCUCCGUCAGCUCGUUCGCGGUUCCAUUGGUAUGUUCACUCUUGAUUCACAAAUCAGCCCUUGAGAGUACGUUCCCGAGCGAGUCCGUCCUCAGUUCGUCUCGGUAGUAUCGAGUAGCAAGACUUCCUUCGUGUAUUUGGUAGACACAAGAAGAAACACGAGAGUUUUCCGUACAGUCAGAAUCCGGAGCGAGCCACGCGAGCAGUAGUUGCCGGGGAAAACCCCAGUGAGAAGCUAGCGAGCGGGAGCGCUCCUAGCGCCACAGGUGGAAGAAAAACAAACAGCGACUCUUUCUCGAGCACACACGCUGCGAGCGGCAAUUUUAAACACUAUGAGUGACACACAAAUAAAAGAAUGGUUUAGACGGUUCAAAGAUGGCCGUGUCUCAGUGGACAGUGAUCUUCGUUCCGAUAGACCUUCAACGUCGAAAACAGCGGAAAACUGUUGCGGAACGUGUGCGAUCCGCAAUCAACAAAAAUCAUCGUUUGACUGUGCGUGAGUUAGAAGAGGACCUUGGAAUCCCUCGAAUAUUGACUGAAGAUCUGGGAAUGAGUCGCGUGAUUGCAAAAUUCGUUCCACGAGUGCUUACGGAAGAUCAAAAGAAUUCUCGAGUUAAAAUUGCCGAAGACAUCCUGGAAUCCAUCAACAAAAAUCCUGAGUUGCUUAAAAGGGUUAUUACUGGCGAUGAAACAUGGGUUUAUGGCUACGACCCUGAAACAAAAGCACAAUCUUCGCAAUGGGCGACGAGAGAAAAGUCUCGACCCAAGAAAGCGCGUCAAAGUCAGAGCAACGUAAAGGCAAUGCUCACUGUUUUCUUCGACCAGGAAGGUGUUGUACACCACGAAUAUGCUCCACAAGGUCGCACAACAAACAAGGAGUAUUACUUGGAAGUUCUUAAACGAUUGUGUGACGCAGUGAGGAGGAGGCGCAUUUGUGGAAGGAGGCGCAUUUGUGGAAAAGUGAGAACUGGCUGUUGCACCACGAUAACGCACCUUCUCAUUCAUCUCACCUGAUUCAAGAGUUUUUGACUAAACACGGCAUUGCCCAACUUCGUCAACCUUCGUACAGUCCAGAUAUAGCCCCAUGUGACUUUUAGUUAUUUCCUAAGUUGAAACAUCCGUUGAAGGGCAAAAGAUUUGACAAUGUUGAGGAAAUAAAGCGAAAUGUGACGAGGGAGCUGUUGGCUAUCACAAAAAAAGACUUCCAGGACUCCUUUCGCAAGUGGGUGCACCGUUAGCAGAAGGUCAUUGCUUCGGAAGGAUACUACUUUGAAGGCGACGUUGUUCAUAUCACUCCUCUUUCUCAUGAUGCAGGCAAAGGUCGGAUACUUUUGGAACAGACCUCGUAUAUUAUAAAAGUCAUCUUUCUGAGUAACUUUCUGAGUAAAUUUUAAUCGCUCGUUUAUUAAACAGUUAUUAACAAAAAAUGUUUAAUUUUGCACGAAGGUCACAUCCCUGAGUAUUCCGCAGAAGGUUUUAGCCAUCGCUCGUUGUUUGCGUUGUGAAUCUCAACGCAAUAUUUUACACGGUGAAUAGAGGAGCAUUGAUGAGUACGAUGAGCGAGAGAAGAAUAAGGAAAGGCUUAGCGUUAGAAGAGUAGGGAAAAUUUUAUGGGAAAGUAUGAAUAAGGAUAAGGAUAAGAAAAGAGGUGAGAGAUGAGUUUCAAGAAAAUUAUUAAUUUAAAAAUAGGAGAGGUGAGGUGACGAGAAGGUGUUCAGUUAGAGUAAAAUAAAGGAAAGAGAAAGAAAUGAAAUGGUAAAAUCGAGAUGAGAAGAAAAAAGAGAGUUUUCAAACAGGAAACAAUAAUAUGAGAGAUAUGAAGAAUUGAAGAAGCGCAGAGGAAGAAAAGAGGAAAUUGUAGUAGGAAAGUUUUAAGGAUGCGGGAGAAUAAACUGGAUAGGCAGGAGAGAUAGAAGAGACAAUAAAGAACUCAAUAUCAAACAGAUGAUAUAGUAAGAUGAAAAGAGAAAUACUCGAAUAUCUGAAAAAGAAGUGGGAGGAAAAUAGAUGCAGAAAAGUGGCAAGAUUUGGAUUGGGAAAUGAAGUAAGGGACUCACUUUAUUUUAAGGGAACUAAACAGAUAUUUGAUGGAAGAAGAAAGGAGGUGUAGGUGGAGCUAUAGGAUAUGUAGAGAAGAAGGAAAGAUGUGAAAAUAUUAGAUGUAGAAAUGAAUUUUUUCCGAUUUUUAUGUAAAAUAAAAACUUUAUUGUGGAAAGAAACUGGAAAAGUUCAAUUAUAGUUCGAUAUAUAUUCUUCAUUAUUAAUAAUGACUUUAUGCUAGUUUAGAAAACAAAUACAGAGUAGAGUCAAAAUUUUAUCACGUUUUUCGCGAUUCAUAUAU